AUGUCCUUUAUGCUUCGCAGUUUGGUCUCUAGAUCGUUGACACGAUCCCUACGCCUGCCUAAAAGACGUCUAUUAGCUACACAAAGUACUCCUGACUUUGUUUUGAAGGAUAAGAAUAGACCAUUGAGAGUGGAAAGGGAAUUGCCAGAUCCAUUUGCAUACAAAGUAAAGAAUCGUGCUACAUUUGCAGCUUUUAGCAUUGGUGUUGUCGCAGCAUUAGCAAUAAUUUUCAACUAUGAAAAGACAGAAUCUCCAAUUAUCUCAAAUACAUUCUACCAUUUACGUAGAUCCCCGAGGACAAGAGAAUUACUAGGUGAAAAUAUUGAAUUCGAUGGCCUAAUGCCUUGGGUUCAUGGUGAAUUGAAUCAAGUUGCAGGUAAGGUUAAUAUACGGUUUAACAUUAGGGGUAGUAAGGGCACCAAAGCUGUUGUAAGAUUAGUCGCUAAUAAGGACAAUGAAUUUAAGGAAUUCUUAAUUCGCGAAUGGAGUCUAACAGCUGAUGAUGAACAAAUUGAUCUUUUAGAGGAAGGGGAUUUGAAAGCCUUAGGUUAA